AUGACAGAAAAUUUAUCUUGCUCUAGUUUAACAAAAAUUAGUACGGCAAGGAUCACAAUGAUUGUUCCAACUCGAUUACGUAGUGAAGCACGUGCUAAAGGUAGAGAUGAUUUUAAACGUGUUAUUAGUUCAUACGCACUUCAACAAGUGCGCCGAUGGGAAAAACAUUGGAUAACAAUCACCGAUACAUCGAUUCGUGUUCAUAAAUGGAUGCCGUGUGCCGUUCUUGAUAAGGAUCUUGUUACAACAAGAACGAAACUAUCUAAAUUACAACCAACAUCACCAACAGAAACCUCGUCACAAGUAUUACCUACUCCAGAAGCAAAUGAUACUCAAAAUUCGUUGACACAAGAUACACAAAUGAUACCGUCCCCACAGGACCAGGAAUCUACACAAAUGUUGGUAAAUGGAAGUCAAAUGACCGUGGAUGGUUCACAAUACCAGGAUGAAAAUACAAUUGAUAGUUUGUACAGUAAUCAAGAUUCGAAUCAAGAAGUUUGGCCAACUGCCACAGCACAACAUCACCAUAUGACGCAAGAAUCAAACGAUACAACAAUAAGUCAAUAA